ACCACGCGUCGUACUCGCGGUGACACUAAUAAACAGCUGUAUAUUAUGCUGUAAACAAGGUGGAGAUCGAUUACUGUAUUUGGGGUCGUGAAAUCGAUUAGACGACACGAGACGGGCGUUAAAAUCGUCACACUCUGGUAGAGUUACGCUACGCAGAUGACGACACAGCGAAAGAUUCUGUUACUGGUUUUGAGUUGUUGUGGUAUUUUCGCACAACCACCCGAAGAAUGGAAUAAGCAAGCUGAACAAACUCUUCGAAACGCUUUGAAAUUAGAAACACUGAAUAGAAAUGUAGCCAAAAACGUGGUUAUAAUUCUGGGCGAUGGUAUGGGUUUCCCGACCAUAACUUCGGCUCGGAUUUUGAAAGGACAGCUCGACGGGAAGACAGGCGAGGAAACAGUGCUGCACAUGGACUCACUGCCGUACGUUGCCCUUGCCAAGACAUACAACACAGAUCAGCAAGUAGCGGACUCUGCGGGAACAGCAACGGCAAUUCUAUGCGGUGUGAAAACAAAAGCGGGUGUCGUUGGUGUACAUGAUGGCGCUGUUCGAAAAGAUUGCAAGUCGGGACUGCGCUCUCCUGUGGUUUCUGUGCUUCAAUUAGCGCAUGAAGCUGGCAAAUCUACUGGCAUCGUGACAACCACACGGGUCACACACGCCACACCGGCUUGUGCAUAUGCGCACUCAGCCGAACGAGAAUGGGAGAGCAACAACCAAAUUCCAGUGGAGCAGCGGCUACACGGCUGCACCGAUAUUGCGCUACAACUUCUGGAUAAGGACAUUCAGGUGGUGCUUGGUGGUGGCAGGAAGCAUUUCCUUCGUAUAGACGAGCGAGAUCCCGAGGAUAUGAAUUCGUUCGGCGCCCGUACCGAUGAACGCAAUUUGAUUGAUGAGUGGAUAGCCAAGCGGUCGCAAGAUGGUAACGCUUCCUACGUUUGGAACCAAAAACAGUUUGACGCGGUGGAUCCGUCUAAGAGCGACUAUUUGCUUGGUUUAUUUGAAAACGGUCACAUGCAGUACCAUGGCAACAGAGACAAGGACAUCGCCGGGGAACCGACACUAGCUGAGAUGGUAGACAAGGCCGUCAGGAUUUUACAGAAAAAUGACAAGGGAUUCCUACUUUUAAUUGAAGGUGGACGAAUUGAUCACAGUCAUCACGACGGCAUUGCAUACCAUGCCCUGGUUGACACCAUUGCGAUGGAUGACGCCGUUAAGACUGUUUUAGAUAUGACAAGUUCAACGGACACCUUAACUAUUGUGACAGCCGACCACAGUCAUGUUAAUGCGAUAGUAGGAUAUCCUUCGAGAGGAAAUCCUAUACUUGGGGUCAAUGACAAGAGAGUUGGACUUGAUGGUUUACCGUAUACAACGUUAAUGUACGUUGACGGACCCGGUGGAACUGAAGUGCAGACAAGCUUUAUGGAAAAUGGUACACGGCCAAAUAUAACCAAUGUAGAUACAGAGUCAAGUUCAUACGUUCAGCAGGCUGUUAUACCGCUGAAGGACGAAAGCCAUGGAGGCGAGGACAUACCAAUAUACGCCGAUGGUCCAAUGGCCCAUCUGUUCCACGGAACACACGAGCAACAUUACAUCGCCCAUGUUAUAAAGUACGCUGCCUGUUUGGGAAACUCGACUGAACACUGCGACGACAGAAACGCCAUUGGCGGCGCUUCAACAAUCUAUAACAACUACAUCGUUAUAUGGCACGUUAUUAUUCUAACCGCAGCUUUAAAUAACUUUACUACGUAAUUUUUUUAAUAUAUGCAUUAAUUAAUAUGGUCGAUUCUUCAAACAGACUGGUUCUACAGUCGAUUCUUCAAACAGACUGAUUCUACAGUUUAAAUCAAUUCCAUGUGCAGUGGUGGUUGUAAAGAUUCGGUACUGGAAGAAAACAUCGUCUAACGUCUUUCCAUAAACUGUAUGCUGUUGAUAGCAUGGGCGGAAAUAUGCAAUGAUUGUGGGUUCGAUGAAAGCUAUCCCAAUGACAGAGAACUUACACAUGCGUUGGAUUUUGCAUCUAUAAUUGGACACUGAAUACUUUUUUGUGGAGAACAAAUAAAAUAAGCCGUCUAAAUAUUUUAAUUUAUAAUUACAUGCAUAUCUGUCAACUUUAAAUGUUACAUUUUGGUCAUAAAUUUCAUUUUUGAGUAAAGAUCUACAGUAGAGUUUUCAAUUUGAGCAAUGACCAUCUACGUCAUUUUGACAUCACAA